AUGUCAGAACUAGCUUUGGAACUAAAAACCCUGAGUGAUUUGGAACGCAAGACAGAAGAGCUCUCUUCCCAAAUAAACUCGGUAACACGCGGCGACCGCUGUGAGGAAACUGACGAUGAUCUGAUCAAACUCAAAGUUACAAAUAAUAAGCUCAAACACCGUUUAUCCUUAAUUAGGGAGUCCAUAGCUCAGGAACUCAAAUCAUCCGUAAUGGAGGUUACCGAAAGUUUUUCGAUCACGGAGCAUUUGGAAAACGUUUUUGCACAAGCUUUUGCAAUAGCGUUUCCCGAAUAUGGAAACAUACCAGUGAUAAUUGCACCAGUGAACAGUGCAUCUGCAAAGUAUGGUGACUAUCAGUGUAAUAAUGCGAUGGGCUUAGCAAAGAAAAUGAAAGAAAUGGGUGUAAACAGAACUCCACGUGAAAUUGCCAACGAGUUACUAAAGGCGUGUCCCGCAUCACCGAUCAUAAAUAAGAUGGAAGUUGGCGGGGCUGGUUUUGUGAACGUGUUUCUUAGCAAAGACUAUGCAGCUAAAGCUUUACAAAACAUAUUGCGUAGCGGUAUUAAGCCUCCAAGAGUACCAAAACAGCGAGUUUUGGUGGAUUUUUCUUCCCCUAACAUAGCCAAGCAGAUGCAUGUUGGUCACCUGCGCUCUACCAUUAUUGGAGAAUCAAUUUCCCGCUUGCUAGAAUUUUUGCAACACGACGUCAUUCGUAUAAAUCAUAUCGGUGAUUGGGGAACCCAAUUCGGUAUGUUAAUUGCACAUUUGGAAGACCGCUUUCCCGACUUUCUCAACGUAAGCCCGCCAAUUGGAGAUUUGCAAUCCUUUUAUAAGGAGUCAAAAAAGCGCUUUGACACGGAUGAAGAGUUCAAGAAGCGCGCUUACAAUCGAGUGGUUUCACUGCAAAACGGCGAAGAAAACUCUAGAAAAGCAUGGACGCUUAUUUGUGAUGUUUCGCGAAAGGAAUUUCAGACUAUCUAUGACCGAUUAGAUAUUACAGUUAAGGAACGCGGUGAAUCGUUUUAUCAAUCUCACAUGUUGUCUGUGGUUGAUUUUUUGCGAAAGAAAAAUAUGCUGGAAGAAGAUGAGGGCCGUCAAAUUAUGUGGUCAGACGAGGGCAAGAGUGGCGUACCUCUAACGAUCGUAAAAUCGGAUGGUGGCUUCACCUAUGACACAUCUGAUAUGGCUGCCAUACGCCACCGCAUAGACGAGGAGCAGUGCACUUGGAUCAUUUAUGUUGUCGACUCCGGACAAAGUACACAUUUUAACACAAUUUUCAAAGCAGCCGAGCGCUGUGGCAUUUUAAAUCCGACCAUCCACCGUGCAAACCAUGUACAGUUUGGCGUGGUUCUUGGUGAGGAUGGAAAGAAAUUUAAGACCCGUUCCGGUGAUACCGUUAAACUAUCAGAUUUGCUUAAUGAGGGAAUGAAACGUUCAUUGGAACAACUAUGCAGUCGAGGACGCGACAAAAUUCUCACACCUGAUGAAUUAAGUGAAGCACAAGAGGCAGUUGCUUAUGGCUGCAUUAAGUAUUCAGAUUUAUGCCAUAACCGUAUAAGUGACUAUGUUUUUUCAUUUGACAAGAUGCUGGACGACCGCGGAAAUACUGCAGUUUACUUAUUGUACACCUACACGCGUAUUUGCUCUAUUUCAAGAAAGUUGAGCGAAGACGUCAGUAACUUGAAAACGAUUUUGGAUACAGUCGAGAUUGUUUUGGAUCACGAAAAGGAAUGGAAAUUGGCAAAAACCCUUUUGAAGAUACACGACAUAUUGUUAAAGUGCUCGAAGGACCUUUUCCUUCAUUUUCUUUGCGAGUUUUGCUUUGAGGUAUGCGCUGUAUUUACAGAAUUUUACGACAGUUGCUAUUGCAUUAAGAAAAACAAAGAUGGUGAAAUAGUUGAAGUAAAUCAUAGUCGAAUUUUAAUGUGCGAGGCAACUGCAGCAGUAUUGCGUCAGUGUUUCUAUAUUCUAGGACUAAAGCCAGUCUCUAGACUUUAACUUUGGCAGCACGGGAAGUCUUGUUAAAUAUACAUUAAUAAUAUUA